AUGGCCCAAAUACACGAUCCCAAUCCUCUUUCAAUGGAACCUAUCAAUUCCCUUCAUAACCAACGACAAUCCAUCAUUUCAACGGCAACUGAGAAGAUCACGCAACUCACAUGUCAAUUCAUGGAGAAGCUCAAUGAGCGUUCGACGGCAAUGGCGAAUGGAGGCAACUUUGAUCUUGCUUUGCGCGAUGCAGCCGUUAUGCAAGCUAUCGAUCCAACCUCUUCUCUUGGCUACUUGAAAGCAGGUGACAUUUAUCAGCAACAAGGAAGGCAACAAGACGCAGCAGCCAUGUAUGAAAAAGGUCUUGCGCAUGUAUCAUCAUCUGAUUAUCGUUACACCAACCUCCAAAUGCGGCAAAAGGAUGCACUGGAUGCAACAAACAAACGCGUCGACUUCAUCAGUCAACUUCCUUUGGAGCUCGUUGUGUCAGAAAUAUUGCCUUUGGUGUUUCACAACUACUACCAGCUAGCAGCAGACAAGCGAUGCCCUUACCUUUAUGUAUCACGUACAUGGCGACAACGGAUCUUGCAUGGCAACAACUUGAGCUUUUAUUCCUAUCGAGGGAUCCUCAACUCUCCAAUUCAAUUCCGUGAGCUUGAACGAUUUGCAGAUCAUGUCAAGGAAUUGUCCUUGGAAGCAGGCAGAAGCGUUCCAGAGGACGAUCCUCUUUCCGUUUUCGAUGAGUGCGAUUUCCCUAAUCUCACCCAUUUGACCAUCUUUUACCAUGGGUAUGAAGAAGAAGACGUUCUAUUUGCUCUUGAAUCUGUACACCGAACCGUGACGCAUCUGGUCCUGUUAAUGGAGGAUACUAUGGGAUACGACGAUGAUCAUGAUACAUCUCAAAUUCAUUUGGGUGGCGUGCUGGAUCUCUGCCCUGGCCUUGUAUCUUUGAGUCUGAUAACGAUGACCACAUACGACCUCACAGUGCAAUACCGAAUGUUGACGCACCUCACCUUGGGCGUCGACAUUUUCCCAUUAUCAUGUGAUACGAUGAUCAACAUCCUCGCUCACCUUCCAUCACUCGUAUACCUUGAUGUACACCACGUCCCAGAUUCAGGAUUUCUAACGAGCGUUUGUGGAUAUUGCCCAGACAUGAAGCUAUUGAAAUGCGGUGGAUACGAUUCGUUUGAUGAAGACAUAUAUGAUCGACAUGUUAAAGGAUUGCAAAAGUUGUGUUUGGGAAUUGAUGAUGUCGACGAGCAAUUCGACGCUGAUGACCUUAUUCCACUGCUCAUUGAAAACCGACAAUCCCUCGACCACAUUCGCCUGACGGGAAGACUCAUUGGUGAAAGCGUCUCACAUUAUUACAAGAGCUUGGAUUUAUCGUUGACAUUCGACCGUUUGGACAAACUUGAGGUCCACGCAAGCAAUGAUCAACUUGCAAUACUUGCUCUGUCAACCAUCAACCGAUCACCUCAUCUUCGCCAUGCCACAUUGGGUGCUCAUGCAGCGAAUCGAGAUGAUAUACGGAAUGCAUUGAAAGGAUUAUCCAGCUUGCAAACGCUUUCAACGAGAAAAAUGAGGGCGGAUUCGAUACCGUUUCGCAACCUACUUGAGCACCAAGUACAGCUUGGAAAGGAUUCACCAUGGAAGGAACUACAAGUUGACAUAGAUGCUGAUGUAUCGACGUUUUCUUGGUUGAAUGUAAUUGGUGGAUUGCAAAGCGUGACGAAGCUUGGGCUAUUGACAUCACACAUUGAGACACCUUCAGCAUACUUAUCUGCCAUUGCAACAAUUGCCAACGGAUGCCCAUCUCUUUUGCACCUUGAGUUAUACUUUGGUCGUCAACCAGCACCUGAAGGAACCAUCACGCACAUGAAAGAUCAUCCUACGCUGCAAUGUAUCCGAAUCCAAGCAUCAUCAAUCGCUGACAGGGACAUUGUUAACCUCUUGUCAUUCGUGAAUCUCAAACAUGCCAUCAUCAUCGCACCUGUGGAGAACUACCUUAUCGCGUUGCUACGAGACCGUAUACCAGACGUGGAAUACAGGCCUUAG